CCUUCAUCUCCAGCUACUAUGUUCUCCCUUUCUCUCCCUGCCCUUUAUACUAUAUAUUAAUAUAUAAAUAUGUGCAAUCAUAGCAUUAUCAUUACCAAUUAAUCUCAUUAUAAUCAUCAAGUCCAUAUUAGAAAGAGAGAAAACAUAGCUAUCUAGGCUUAACACAAACAUAAAGCAUAAAGAAGAAACAUGGGAAGAGCUCCUUGCUGUGACAAGGCCAGCGUGAAGAAAGGACCUUGGUCGCCUGAGGAAGAUGCCAAACUCAAGGACUAUAUCGAGCAGCACGGCACCGGCGGAAACUGGAUCGCCUUGCCUCAGAAGAUAGGUCUCAAGCGAUGUGGGAAGAGCUGUCGGCUUCGAUGGCUAAACUAUCUGCGUCCCCAUAUUAAACAUGGAGGAUUCACAGAGGAAGAAGACAACAUUAUUUGCAGCCUCUACAUCAACAUUGGAAGCAGGUGGUCUAUAAUCGCUGCACAAUUACCUGGUAGAACCGAUAAUGACAUAAAGAACUACUGGAACACAAGGCUUAAGAAGAAGCUCCUUGGCAAGCAACAGCGAAAACAACAAGAAGCAAGGCGAUCCAUGAGCUUCCAAAAGGCGCGAGAUAUUAAGAGACAGAAUAAUCAUCAUCAUCGAGAUAGUAACUUGAUCAUGUUUCCUGCAGGAUCCACAACACUAGACAUGAGCCAAACCCAUAUCACCAGUAGUAUUAGUAGUUAUCCUUAUUAUAAGCCAGCAGAGGUAGCAGGACUCGUGAUGAACAAUCAAGAUGAUGAUCAUCAUCAUCUCAAAGAUGACAACCAAGCAGCGUCCGUCAGGAACUUGCUCGUCAAACUUGGAGGAAGGUUUUCAAAUGAUGAUCAUCCUCAAUAUCCACAGCCAAUUACAAACUCUCUGCUAUAUCCACCAAUUCAAAUGUUUACGCCAGAAAAUGAACUAUAUGCUCACUACUCCUCGUCCAUCCCUUGUUUUACUGUGAAUCCCACAAGUACUAGUACUGCUACUGUUUGUCCUCAUCAGUUACCAAGCAAUAUUGAAGAGGGUCCUGAUCAUAGUGAUAUGUUUGUGCAAGAAAUAGAAAACUUGGCAGUUGAGUUGGAUGAAUUGCCACAACAGUUGGAUGAUUUGGAAAGUUGCUUGAUUGGAAUGGAGAUGGAGAUGGAGAUGGAGAUGGUGAUGAGCACUACUACAACUGGGACAAGUAGUACACCUUCCGCAGAAAGCAGUAUUAAUAGUAGUUGGGGAGAUAUGAUGAUGAUGAGCAACUGCAACUGCAACUCUCUUGUUUAUUAUCCUCAUGAUCAAAUUGUUUCAGACUACUCCAACUUAAUUUGAAGACUCUUUGGACUGCUUCAUCAAUAAACACAUGGGUGGGUUAAUUUGCUUUUUAAAUCGCUGCAUUACUAGAGAAAAUAACAACAGGGAGAAUCCUCAGUUUAGAAAUUUGUUUGUUUUAAUUAAUUUGUACUUGCCUUACGUGUAUCCGGCCAUCUUAAUUUGACCAUCAUUUUCUGAUACCUCUCUUAACUACGAUCGAGUUAUUUACAUACAUAUCUGACAUAUAUGUUCUA